AGAGUUACAUUAUGGACCAUCUCUAUAUUGGUGAUGUUAGCCGGUAGUUUGGGAGUUAUUAUUUAUAAUAAGCCAUUGGGACUGACUGGACUGGGUACCAAGUCAAUUGCAGGAACAGUAUAUUUCAACUGUUGUAUCGCCCUACAUUGUCUAUACCUCAUCGGUACUGGUUUCGAAGUUAUAAGCAGAGCAUACCUAGUAAUGGUCGGUUCAACAUGCAGUGAACAAAGAAGAGUAUUCCUUUGUUGUUUCCUUUACUCAAUGUCUGCAUGGUGGAAACUAAUGGUUAUCAUGGGAGUGAUAACCGUUAUAAUUAUGGCUGGUGUAUCUGCUUUGGUAAUAUUUAUGGAGGGAUUCAAGAACAUUAACAUUAUUAGAGUUGUUAUUGCACCAGGUGUAUCAGUGAUUCAGAUCCUGUUCACAUCUUUGAGCUUUGUCACUUCAAGAACUCUGCAAAAGAAGCAGGAUGAGGAGGAGCUCGCUCUACAUGGUGAUGUCACAAAGGACGAGAAGAAGGGUGACCACAAACCAGCACCAAAGAAGAAGGAGGAAGACUCAUCAUCAUCAAAGGAGUCUGGUCCCGCUGUCAUCCAAUCAAAGGGUGAUUCAGAUUCUAACUCUGCCAUUAUGCCU